AUAGCCGGUGCCACCUACCAGAAGAUGGUAGAAUACCCCGUCGGCGGGGGUGUGUUCGAUGAUGUUGUCCUGGGGCACGACGUCCUGGCCCAGGCCAUGCCGGCCAAAGAUCGGGCUUACUUGAAGAAGCUCGGGGACGUUAAGAUUUACGAGGGCGGCAUGGACCUCCUCGUCCAAAGUGCCUUCAUGCUUAUGGAGAGCCACAAGAGGCAAUACCGAGAGAUAGCUCGCUUGAAGGAGCUGGAGCAGAAGGCUGCCUCGGCCGACGAGGCGGUAGCUUGCCUGGACCGGCUCCGGGAGGAUGCCAGAGCGUUGCAGGCCAGGGCCGAUGAAGC